UGAUUUUUAAGUCACAUGCAGCAGAUUAUUUUUUCUAAUUUUUAUUGGAGUGUAGUUGUUUUACAAUGUUGUGUUAGUUUCUACUGUACAGCAAAGUGAAUCAGCUAUACAUAUACAUGUAUCCCCUCUUUUUUUGGAUCUCCUUCCUAUUUAGGUCACCGCAGAGGACUGAGUAGAGUUCCCUGUGCUAUACAGUAGGUAUGCAGCAGAUGUUUAGUUCUGUGUUUUCUACAGUUAAGUUAGAAAGACACAAAGCGACUCCCUACCCCACCCAGCAGGAGUAUCUCUCCCUCUGCUGGAGGUCUGCUUCUCCUGCCUUCCUUUGACUUUUGUCUUCCUUAAUGUCAACGUGUCUAUUUUUCCAGGCAUCCAGGCAAUUGGUUUUAAUAACAUUCAACAGCCAAUGUAAAGGAAUAUGAAAGAACACCUGCUCUAGUGUCUUUAAAAUGCUAAGUACUACUUUCUAUUUUAUUCAUAAUAUGUUAAAAUGAAAUGUCUUCUCUCUGGAUCUCGGCCUUUUCUCUCUGAUGCUCUCCAGGUUUUGCUCUUAUUUAGGCCUAGUCGAACUUAGAAAGCCCGAUUGGUUGGAUCCGAUAGGUGCUCUGUGAAUGGAUUCUCUGUUCUUUUUAUUGUAUGAGUGAAGUCAUUUUAUCACUGCAAUGACAAUUAAAGGAACUUCAUAUUCAGAAGGGUCUCCUGAACAGUGAAGCCCUGGUAGACAGAGCUGGGACUUGAGCCAAAUCACUGUCCAAGAUCAAGAUGGCUCUGAAAAUUAGCUAAGAGCUAGAGGCACCCUUCAGAUAACAAGCAGAAAUGAAUGAGUGAGCAAAAAAAUAAAUAAAGAUGCAUCCGUUGGAUUCAUGCGGCUGCAGGUGACAGCAAAGUUUAUCUCAAACAUACCUAAACAAUAAAGAGUGUCUCCUCUCCCUGGAAGCUGAGCAGAAGGGUGGGCUUCAGGAUUCACUGAGUCCAGGGGCUCUGGUCCUUUUUCCUGCCAUUCCCUUGACUCUGCUUUGCCCCCAAAGCUGGUAGUGAGAUGGGUUCUCACCUGACAAUGUCCAGAAGGAAGGACUGUUUCAGAAGCACCUAGCAACUUCUCUCAUGUUUCAUUGGCCUAGAGAGGAUCAUACACUUGUUGCUAAACCAGUCACUGCAAAGGAAUCUAUUUACUUACAGAUCAAUCAAGUUUGCUUAUAGAAUUAGGGUGAGGUCAUCUUUUUCUAGGACCAGCGUUUCUCAAACUCAACAUUAUGGACAAUACAGCCAGAAUCAUUCUUUGUUGUUGGGAGCUGCCCUGUACAUUAUAGGAUGUUUAACCGCAUCCUUCACCUCAACCUACUAGAAUUCAGUAAUACACUCCCUCCCUGUGACAACUAAAGUUAUGCCCAGACAUUGUCAAACGUCCUCUUGGGAGCAAAAUGUUCCCCCCACCCCUACCCCCAACCGAGAAUCACUGACUUAAAAAUAUGGGCUUCCAGGCACAGGUGAGGGAGGAUACCCAAACAAAAUCCCAGCUUAGUUAGGAAGUAGGAAAUAGGAAUGUUCACCACAAAGGGCUCUGAAAUCAGGAGGAAGUAAGGAACCUAUGUAAUGCUGAGAGGCUACGGGGAAAGAUGACACAUGACCACUGGUGAGACAAGACCUAGGUUCUUCAAACAAGAGCAGAGAAGAUAAGCUCUACCCUAGGGAGGAACCAGUUAGUGACUCUUAAUCACAUGACACAGAGCACGGAGAAACCAGCCUGUAGCAAGAGACAGAGGCAAGUGAGGGACCUUAUCUGAAAGCUAACGUGAAAGAUUCAGGGGAGGAACCUUUAGAGAGGAGCAAGGAUACAGAAGUGUCUUUGUCUCCCAAGGGCCAGUAUCAGUGUGCCCAAGGGGGCUACAAGAAGUUUAAUGGAGCUUAGCGCUACAGGAAAUGCCCUGGGGGCUAGUGCCUAGAAGAAAUGCUAGGAGCAGCGUUUGAGAAAGGGGACCCCACUAGAUUUGGCAUGCUGUCUGCCGCAAUCAACGUGGAGCUGGAUAUCUGAGGAACUUGGCCUGAUGCUUUCACCCUAGGUAUGCCUGAGAUGGAGGAAAUGGAGCCAGGUCCCUACAACUUGCUAAAUUGUUGGCAGCUCUGUUUUAGUUAUGUAAUGAUAGGAAGGCUGCAUUUGGAAAAUCUGUCGGCUCCCCUGCAUGUGUCUUUCUUCGAUUUGCCUGCAGUUUUUAAAGUUGUGUUUGAAAAAUGUUGACAUUGGCUCCAACUAAACUAAAAAGCAAAGGAAGUUCUUUCAUACUUCAUGGGAUAAAGAAGGAGAUAAGAGGCUGGAGCCCAGGUGAAAUGGAAAUAGUGUUGGUAAAGAGCAGCUUCAGGCUGUGAAGGGACUUUACUACUGCGGUGUGACUGGAUGGACACUGUAUUCUCUAUUCCUCACUUAGCACUUAGGACAGGGGCCUCUGUGGUAAUCUAAAGGGCACUGGGCAAGGCUCUGUGUUCUAAAAACAUGUCCUCCAGUGGCUCUAUCAGUGGAAAAAACCCACAUUUCACAUCACUGUUAAAGAGCCUAUACAGAAAUUCAGUUACCACCUUGAAAGAGAGACAGAUGAAACGUGACUCACAGGCCUCUGGGACCACAUGAGCUGUCACCAUGAACCUGGGUGCAGCCUAAGAGGAGGGUACUUUCUCAAGUGAGGGAGCUUGGUGAACUUGCCAAGUUUGCAGAUUUAAGAACCAAAUGGCCAAUCAGAUCCUUCCCUGGAUGGAGCGAUUACUGAAUCAGCCUCCCAGCAAAGAGCAGGGCCCGGGAGGGAUAAGACAAGCAGCGUGCUGAGUCCAGAGGGGUCAGGGAGCACAGGCCAUCCGCAGGCUCUGUGGCAACAGGUCUCAGACUCUAGUCCUGACUCUCUACUCUGCUUUUUCCCAGCUUUGCCUGCCCGGUUUUUUCUUCUAGAGGAAUUUUACUUUUACGUCCUUCUGCAAAGAUUAGUGGUUUUCUUCAUUUUCUCCUCAACUUUUGAGAUACAGCAUGACACUCGUUGGGAGAGGUAGCCAACUGGCAUAAAAAUGAAAUAUCAUGUCAGCUAGUUCACAGCGUUACUGACUCCCUCUUCCGCUUCCAACCUCCUGAGUCUGGAGACGGAAGCGGGCAGGACAAUUAUAAAUGUGACGUCCCUGAAAGAGCCAAGCAUGCUCAAAAUGAAAUGAAGUUUUUCUCCUCACACGGAGCAAUUAAUAUAAAAGGCAAGCAUGCAAGCGUAUCCUAUUCUAAGUUAGUAAAGCAGACAGAUGGCAAAGGGCCCGCACGCAGAGAAAAACAUACCAGAACAAGUCUCCCCAUUAAGAUGAGCUCAUUCACAACUUUAUAUGUUUGCUUAUUCCCAGCCAGAACAUCUUGGUCUGUCCUAUAAACUGAUAUUUUGUGUUUAAUUCUGCUUUCUAAAUGCCAUACAGUUAAAUAGAAAUAUGGCUUGCCUUCUGGGCGCAUCCAUCAUGUUUGAAGUUUGGGAGGUAAUGCUUCGGUUUUUGCAUUCUAAGAAGGUCUUAGACAUUAGAAACGUUAACAGAAUACCGUUAUCCAUUGUUGACCAGUCUCCUAUUUAAUUGUGCAUAUAGAAGUGCACAGAUUUGUUUUUGUUUUGUUUUUGUGGUACACGGGCCUCUCACUGCUAUGGCCUCUCCCGUUGCGGAGCACAGGCUCCGGACGCGCAGGCUCAGUGGCCAUGGCUCACGGGCCCAGCUGCUCUGUGACAUGUGGGAUCUUCCCAGACCAGGGCACGAACCCGUGUCCCCUGCAUCGGCAGGCGGACUCUCAACCACUGCGCCACCAGGGAAGCCCAGAAGUGCACAGAUUUGAAACAAGAGCACCGCUCAUGAAAAUCUCGAUGCUCUUGUCCAUCACAGAACCAUUGUUGUUGUGGUUGCCUCGAGGUGAAAAGAACUAGCGACUACAUCGAAAUCAGGUCCUGCUCGAUUGCGAGGCAGAGUGCAGAAAUCAUCGAAGUCUGAACAAACCUACACAGCUGGCUUUUUCUUUUUAGUGAAGUUGUCGCUUAACAAAACAGUGAUUGUUUUUGUUUGUUCACUUGCUUUGACUUUAGUUUUUGCCAUUUUUUCUCCUUUGAUCACACACACGAAAACCCUUUGCCUCCUACAGACCAUUUCAACCCCCCGCUGCAGAGGAACUCAAGCGUUCUCCGACGCACGUGUCUACUUCCCAUGCCAGGGGGUUUCCCAGGAACAGAAAAUGCCCAAAAUCCUGGGGUUUAUGAUUUUAGUAUCAUUCUUCGCUUACUAUUUGCACAUGUAAUAUUUGGAAAAGUUUGAGGCGCGUCCUCUUAAAGAAUGUUUUUCUCUCACUGCCAACAACCAUUUGGCAACAGACAUGCCUAUUCUACCUCUGAACUAUCCCCCAAAUAACCCAUAUUCCUGCACAUCCUUAGUUCACGUUGUCAUUAUUUUUUGCUCCAAGGAGUGCAGUAAUUUCCAUCCUGUCAGGGCUCAUCCCGUCUAUAGUUAGGGUACCGUUAAUGACUGUGACAAAUAAACCUCCGAAUUAUAGCCCCUUAAUCACAGAAGUUUAUUUCUGGUGUUUAUGUUCAGCGGUGGCCUUCCUCACAGUGAUUCCAGGACCCAUGCUCCUUUGUUCCUGUGAUUCUGCAACACUGCCAGGCAGGAAUCGGCAACGUUUUUUCUGUAAAGUGCCAAAUGGCUCUGGAAAUACGUCGGUGUCACAUCCCAUUGCUGCCAGCACCCCUGACGAAAGCAAUUAUGGGGCAAUAGAUGAGUCAAGCUCCAGUCCUGGCAGGCAAAUGUCCUCCUCCGAUGGCAGACAGCCAUGCCAGUCAGACACGGACAGCUCCGUGGAGGAAAGUGACUUCGACACCAUGCCAGACAUUGAGAGCGAUAAGAACGUCAUCCGGACCAAGAUGUUCCUUUACCUGUCAGAUCUGUCCAGGAAGGACCGGAGAAUUGUCAGCAAAAAAUAUAAGAUUUAUUUUUGGAACAUCAUUACCAUUGCUGUGUUUUAUGCACUGCCUGUGAUCCAGCUGGUUAUCACCUACCAGACAAUAGUCAAUGUCACUGGUAACCAGGACAUCUGCUACUACAACUUCCUCUGCGCUCACCCCUGGGGUGUCCUGAGUGCCUUCAACAACAUUCUCAGUAACCUGGGCCACAUGCUCCUGGGCUGCCUCUUCCUGCUGAUAGUCUUGCGCCGGGACAUUCUCCAUCGAAGAGCCCUGGAGGCCAAGGACAUCUUUGCCAUGGAGUAUGGGAUUCCCAAACACUUCGGUCUCUUCUAUGCUAUGGGCAUCGCACUGAUGACGGAAGGGGUGCUCAGUGCUUGUUACCAUGUCUGCCCUAAUUACUCCAACUUCCAAUUCGACACCUCCUUCAUGUACAUAAUCGCCGGCCUCUGCAUGCUGAAGCUUUAUCAGACCCGCCACCCAGACAUCAACGCCAGCGCCUACGCUGCUUACAUCUCCUUCGCCCUGGUCAUCACGCUCACCGUCCUUGGAGUGGUGUUUGGGAAAAAUGACCUGUGGUUGUUCUGGGUCAUCUUCUCUGCAAUCCAUAUUCUGGCUUCUCUGGCCCUCAGCACCCAGAUCUACUACAUGGGUCAUUUCAAGAUAGAUUUGGGAAUUUUCCGACGGGCCGCUAUGGUGUUCUACACAGACUGCAUGCGGCAGUGCAGCCGGCCUCUCUAUAUGGACAGAAUGGUAUUGCUCAUUGUGGGGAAUCUGGUUAACUGGUCCUUUGCCCUCUUUGGACUGAUCUAUCGACCCAGGGACUUUGCCUCCUACAUGCUGGGCAUCUUCAUCUGUAACCUGCUGCUCUACCUGACCUUUUAUGUCAUCAUGAAGCUUCGCAGCUCCGAGAAGAUCCUCCUGAUCCCGCUCUUCUGCAUCGUUGCCACCGCUGCGGUGUGGGCUGCUGCCUUGUAUUUUUUCUUCCAGAAUCUCAGCAGCUGGGAGGGAACGCCAGCCGAAUCCCGAGAGAAGAAUCGAGAGUGUAUCCUGCUGGAUUUCUUUGAUGACCAUGACAUCUGGCACUUCCUCUCUGCUACUGCCCUGUUUUUCUCAUUCUUGGUUUUGUUAACCCUGGAUGAUGACCUGGAUGUGGUUCGGAGAGACCAGAUCCCUGUCUUUUAAGCCUCCAGCAUGGAGAGCGGGGAGAGAGAGCAACCAAUCUUGGUGCUGUUUCAUGAAAAAUACAGGGAAUGCAGCAAAGUAACCACUGCCAAAUGCUCCACUCACCCUCUGUUGGGUUGGUUCUGUACACAUUCCCGCAGGGAGGAGAGGAGAUACAGGGGGACCCAAGCCUGCAAGAAGGGAAGCAGAAGGGAGGCAGCAACUGUGGACAGAGUCAAGCCCUUCAGAGUCGAAAAACACCCACCAUCCCCUUCUGUCACUACUCUGAGUUAGACAUGGAAAAAAGCUGCAUCGAAGUUGACCUUGGGACCACUCCCACCCUCACCUGAUAUUCGCCAGCCAUGGGGGGACCAUGCUGCUCUUCGCCCUCCAGCUGCCUCCCCGCCCAGAAACUCCAGGGUGGCCCCCGUGCAUCUCUGUAACAUCUGCUGCUCUAGACAUCCCAAAACACCAGCCCACUUCUCCGAAGUUCUGGAAUGAUGUGAUUCCUUAGAGUCUGGUAGAGGGGUGGCCCCGAGGCCCUACCCAACUGGGAUAGAUGUUUUGUAGCACCAGCUCGUCACCUCCACCAAAGGAAUGCUGUACGCUUCCCCCAGGUUCCUGACCGCAUUAGGAGGACUCUUACAUCAGGCUGGGUCACCCGCUCCUGGCAGGUAACUGUCCCUGAGACCAAGGUGUGGGUGCUUCCCUGUUCCUUGGUGUCCUCAUCUCACCGCUGUGUGUUGACCCCCUGACUCAGGCUCUACCUUCUUGGGAAGGCCACUUCUCCACAGACCAGCUCCAAGGUGGAAGGGGAAAUGGGAAAACUCUUCCAGCAGCAGGAGGCACCAGAGGAAUGACCGACAGCACUAGGAGACUGGUGACAUCAGCAUCAAGCACUCAGGCCUCACGUUAAGGACUUGGGCUCCUGGAGCAGAUUCAGCGAAGGCAAUUAGGCCUCCAAGUCAAAUAGCUCCCUUCUGUGCCUGCAUCACCCUUGGGGAAGAAAUAAGUGUUCUAAGCAGGGGCACUGCUCUCGGGCUCCUGUACAACCGGCCAAGCCCCUCCUCUGCUGCUUUAUGCAGAUCAGGGGCUUUAGACUUUCUCCUGAGUUUCUCUGGAGGCCAGUCUCAGGGUGAACACAUCUCACUCCUCCUCUCCAGUUGCAAAGAGCUCAGCCGGUUUGGGGGCGGGGCGGUUGUCUCUCUGACACACCUGAUUCACAUUCACUCCCCAGGAUGGUGUUGAAACACUCAGUGUCCCACUUCACUCUCUCACUGUCCAGCAGCUCUGCCCCCAGGAAGUCCCAUUUUGACCAAACUCCUGUAUUACCUGCGAUAUGACGUCAUCAGAAAAUUUACAUGCAAAUGUGCAUACACAGAUAUAUUUGCCUGUGAAAUUGAAGUCACCUUCUCAC